AUGCGUUUUGUCGACGUUGGGCUAUGGGCGCUUUGCGCAUUCGCCAGUCCUGAGGUACCAUCGUCUUGUUGCUCGAAGCUUCAAAACAUUCCAAAACUUUACGGAAAGGUAUAUGUGUCUGGCACGGUAGAAUAUGAAGAGCGAUUGGACACCUACUAUUCAGCCAACGCUGCUCUCCGCUCGUCCUGCAUGGUGAUGCCUGGCAGUACCGAUGACGUCUCUGUAAUUAUGAGUGUUAUUACUGAAAACAAAUGUCCAUUCGGUAUGAGUAGUGGGAAACACUCUGCGUAUCGCAAUUCGAAUGCUGUCGAGGAUGGCAUAACUGUUGACUUUGGUAACAAAACUCCGUCCGAAUUUUAUCACUUGCAUCCUCAUGAGUAUACAGGCUAUAUGAACAAAACAUCAUACGAUACCAAGACCAAAAUUGCCAGUAUACAGCCCGGCUCUGUCUGGAGUCACGUGUACGAAGCUCUUGAUCACUAUGGGGUCGCAGCCGUUGGUGGUCGCGCUUCUCCCGUUGGUGUUGGUGGUUUCAUUACUGGUGGAGGUUACUCAUUCCACUCCAAUGUCCGAGGCUUUGGUUGUAACCAAGUUGUCAAUUUUGAGGUUGUCUUGGCCGACGGCCGGAUUGUAAACGCAAAUAAGAACGAAAAUCCUGACCUAUGGAAAAGUCUGAAAGGUGGUUCUGGGAACCUAGGGUUUGUCACCCGGAUAGAUCAACGUGUUGUGGAGUCGAACCAAAUAUGGGCGGGCUUCAUCUUCUUUGACCCAUCUCAGAGAGACGUCAUCUUUGAAAAAUACAUUGACUUCGUGGAGAAUAAUGACAAAGACCUUGCCUCCCAGCUUAUCGUUUCUAUGCGGUGGGACGGAGAGCAGUACAUUCUAGUUUCAGUUGUUUCAAACUCCAAUGCCAUUGAGGCACCUACUUCGUUCUCCGAUCUACUCCGCGUUUCUAGCAUCUCUAAUACCACAGCCAAAGGAAAGAUAGCCGAUGUUAUGGCACAGUUCACUGGGUCAACUCCGCUUGGACUGUACGCGAACUGGAUGACAGGAACAACCAGAAAUGAUGUCCGUAUCAUGAAAUUUGUGUACGAGAAGUUUGAGGAGUGUGUCGAGAAGAUGAGAGCUCAUGCUUCCAACUCCGAGUUCAACGUGCUUGUACAGUUCCAGCCAUUUACACCGUCCAUGGUGAAACAUGGCCAAGAAAGUGGCGGUGAUAUCCUUGGCCUGGACAGCAUCGUCGCCGACGGCCCUGCCAUAAAUUGGCUCAUCGUUGUCACCGCUGAUACGAAAGAGGCCCAAGAUAUGAUCGAUCCCUUCAGACAAGAGUUCAAGUCUGCCGUUGAUUCUUAUGCUACGGAGUUAGGCAUCAAUAAGGACUGGGUCUAUCUCAACUACGCAAUCGGUGAUCAGAACCCAAUAUCACAUUAUGGGUCAGAUAACAUUGGUAUCAUUCGAAGCGCGUCUAAAAAGUAUGAUCCGAGUGGUGUUUUUCAGCACCUACGCCGCUCUGGAUUUAAGAUACCCGAAUAA